AUGAACUCGGAGACCCAGCUGCGCCCAAACGCAUUCCACUUCCACCGUCAAAUCAUAAUCCUCCAACGGGCUGGUGGUGGGUCAGCAGAACGUCAGUUCUCAGAAUGGGAGUCCGCGUCCAGCGUGGCACGGGCAUUUGGGAUUGGAAAAUUAGAGAGUGGCGCAGUCAGUGCGCUCAUGACAUCCAUCGAUCCUUCUGUCGCGGAGCAAUUGACUGAAGCCGUACGACGCCGAGGGAUGGCCAAGUUGUUGAGCCAUGAGGUGAUUUCCCGUGGCAUGUUCAGCAAGUCGUGGACGUCUGGACUAGCCGCUGCUGAAUCCUGGAAAGAAGUGCUGCGCAACAAAGAAGAUGGUCGAAUUGUGCAGUUAUUUGUGGCUCGCCUGCUGGCCGACCACGAUCGUUGUCUUCAGACCAUGCGGAAGGCAUUGACCUACAAGGAUGCAGUUCCCAAGCAUCAAUGCUGUGGUAUGUUUUGCCAUUUGCUUGAUUGUCUCGAGCGCAAUGCCCCAGCGACGCAGUUCAAGGAUAUGCAGGAUCGCCUUCACAAGAUGUUCAUGGAAUCCUUUAUGGACCCAGACCUGCUGCACAUGGUGUCGUCUGAAGUCCCUCCUGGUGAUUUGAAGACCGUAGCAGCAUUCAGGCCUUUUCUGGCACAGCUCGAGACAAUGGUCCGCGAGGCCAAGGAAGAGAAGGAGGCAGCCCUUGCCGCGACUGCCCGGGAAGCUGACCUGAACCGACUUCUUUCCAACUUGGAAAAUGAUUUCGAGCUGCUGCGAAGUCGUGUGGAGUCUUCUGGCAAGGAAGCCGAGGCGCAUGCGUUGGACAUGAAAUACAUACGAGAAAGACAGCAGCAGGGCAAACAGUACAUCGAUGUGUGGAUGGCAAAGAAGUGCCAUUUCAGCAGGACAGAUGAACACUUUGACUCUGCGAUUCCACAGUUUCUGAAGUUCAAGGAACAGUUUCGUUCCAAGGGCGGCGAUGAAUUUAUGAUUUGCUGUCUGGACGCGACCGUUUUUCCGGCGAACGCCAGCUACAUGAGCAACGCUAUCAAGACCUUUUCAGCGUUGCUAUCGAUGACAAGCAACGCAGUCGGCAUUGUUCUCAUGCCUGUGUACCAAACACAGACGACUCCAGGUGCUCUUCUCAAACACAAACACCUAUUGGAGACAAACCUCAUGAACGCCGGGCUGUCUACGCACCACACCAUUCAGGUCUUGUUUGCGAAGCCAGAUUCUUCGGCCAAGGAUGCCAGGGCGCUUUGCCAAACAGCCAUCGCUUGCUUUCACACUCACUUCUCAGAGCACGCUUUCACCAGCAGUGUGGCAAUCCGCGAAGGGAAACUCGGCCCAUGCAAUCUGGUGAAGAUCUCAGACUUUAUCGGAUAUGAUGGCGAGUUGUCGAAGCCGGGCGCUGCGGCUAGAGUAGAGCAGCUGCUUCGAUUUGGCCCAGUACUUCAUUUGCUUAUGAAAACAGCGUAG